UAUCAGCAGCAUUUCCAUGUUUCAAGCUAUGAAUAGAGAAGUAUUUGACAUUUUCUUGCUACUUCUAUGCCUGAACAUCGCCUGCGCAGAUGCACAACAACAAAAUCACUGUUAUGAUGGCGAAUUCCAAUGCGACAAUGGGCAGUGCAUAAGUGCUACUCUCAAGUGCGAUUUGUCUAAGGACUGUCAAGAUGGCAGUGAUGAGACAUUUGUGCAAUGCCAUGAUUUGAACUGUACAGAAAGACGCUGCGCCUACGGCGCCUGUUUCAAGCGCUCCAAGAUGUGUGACGGCAUACUCGAUUGCUGGGAUGGUACCGAUGAGCACUGGCUGGACUGUACCCCAUUGGAGGAUUCUGCGUAUACUAUACUUCGUGGAAAUUGUCUCAAUGAAGAACAAGAGCAAUUUGAAUGUAAGGAAUCCAAAGAGUGUUUGCCUCAGAGCCAGCUGUGUGAUAGUGUUGCACAAUGUCGCGAUAAAUCGGAUGAGAGAAAAGAUUUUUGUAUUGUAACGCCAUGCCCUGAAGGCUCAUUUAGCUGUAACUACGGCGCCUGUAUUCCCAAAUCAGCGUUAUGCGAUCACAUCAUCGAUUGUCACGACGGCUCCGAUGAGUUGGAUGCCAAAAAAAGGAGCUCCAUUUUUGUUAUCAGCAGCACUUCCAUGUUUCAAGCUAUGAAUAGAGAAGUAUUUGACAUUUUCUUGCUACUUCUAUGCCUGAACAUCGCCUGCGCAGAUGCACAACAACAAAAUCACUGUUAUGAUGGCGAAUUCCAAUGCGACAAUGGGCAGUGCAUAAGUGCUACUCUCAAGUGCGAUUUGUCUAAGGACUGUCAAGAUGGCAGUGAUGAGACAUUUGUGCAAUGCCAUGAUUUGAACUGUACAGAAAGACGCUGCGCCUACGGCGCCUGUUUCAAGCGCUCCAAGAUGUGUGACGGCAUACUCGAUUGCUGGGAUGGUACCGAUGAGCACUGGCUGGACUGUACCCCAUUGGAGGAUUCUGCGUAUACUAUACUUCGUGGAAAUUGUCUCAAUGAAGAACAAGAGCAAUUUGAAUGUAAGGAAUCCAAAGAGUGUUUGCCUCAGAGCCAGCUGUGUGAUAGUGUUGCACAAUGUCGCGAUAAAUCGGAUGAGAGAAAAGAUUUUUGUUUUGGAACGCCAUGCCCUGCAGGCUCAUUUAGCUGUAACUACGGCGCCUGUAUUCCCAAAUCAGCGUUAUGCGAUCACAUCAUCGACUGUCACGACGGCUCCGAUGAGUUGGAUGCCAUAUGCAAAAAAAGGCAUAAUAUACUCUCAAAUCAAGAGUGGUCCAAGGAACCUAGGCAGCUCGGCGCUAUGCCAAUGACAACAACUACAACUACUCCUCACAAUAAUCAGAAUACUGGAAAGCGUUGCAAUGUGACGGGAACUGCCCUGCGGCUAAGGACCAUGUACAACGGCCUUCCAUAUAUGGGCGACGGAACCGUUUCUCAUCAGACCACUGUGCGCCUGUGCUGUGCUCAGAACCACUUCCUCAUGGGCGACGAUGUGAAUACUUGCGACAAUGGUCAGUGGAAGGCACCAUGGUCAGAAUGUUUGAGGGUUUGCAGACGUCAUACGAUCAUAAAUGAUCCCAGUAUUCGAGCUUCUUGUAGUAAUGACAAUAACAUCAUCGACUGUGUCUCAGACCCAUUAGUGGUGGGCAGCAGAGCAAUCGUCCAGUGUGCUCCGGGCUAUAAGUCGAGUGGUACCAUUGCACAAAGUGAGCGCAUCUGUGAUAUUGAAGCAAAAUGGGUUAAGCUGACAAGUGGAAGCAACCAACAACAUGGGAAAAUGAAAUGCAUUCCCGACUGCGGCAGAUAUUUAAAUACAGUUGAUGAAUUUCCAUGGCUUAUUAGUGUAUUCGAGCGAUUGGGGCAUACAUAUGUAUUUCGUUGCCUGGGCGCAAUUAUUGAUCCAUUUUAUGUGUUGACUGCGGCCGAAUGCUUUUCAAGACAUCCGAUUUUACCUAUUAACUAUGUAAUAGUCCUGGGCAAUCAUUCGGUUACAUUCCUUCCAGGGGUAGAACACGGCUACGAAACCAGUAAUAUUGCCAGUAUCGAGUUGGAUAAAUUUAAUCCUUUAGCACUUCUGAAAGUGAUAAGUCCAUUUGUACUCUCGGCAAAAGUGCGACCGAUUUGCUUGAACAACUUUAACGAAAUCAAUGUGCAAACGUAUCAGAAGACUUUGGGAGAACCUAUUGUCAUAUUAAAAAAAGGAGAAAAAAAUAUAUACUCCCUAACUCAUAUUAUGAAUAAAUAUUAUUUGAUUAAUAUGAAUUACUUUAAUGACAGAAUCAAAGAAAAUUUAAGACGAGAUAAACUCAGACUAUAAUCAAUAAUCAAAAUUUGAUAUUCUACGAGAAUAUACAUAUUCUUCUGCCUAUUCAGAGAAAAAUUUGUAGCUUAAAAAUUAAUAAAGAUUGUGUGGAAUAUUUUGAGUUGCAUA